AUGAAACUUAUCGGGAAAAUCCAGCACCCAAACCUUGUGAGGCUAAUUGGCUAUUGCGAAACUAAAAGAAACUGGAUAUUAGUGUAUGAAUAUAUGCCUAAUGGAAGUCUAAAAGAUCAUUUAUCGGUCAAGUCAAAUACACCUCUUUCUUGGGACAGGAGACUAAAGAUAGCCCGAGAUGCUGCUACUGGUUUGUUACACCUCCAUUCCGGUUUGCAUCAGCGAAUCAUAUUUGGAAAUUUCAAACCCUCGAAUAUUCUUCUAGACAGUCACAUGAAUGCUAAGCUUUCCGACUUUGGAUUUUCUAACGAAAGUCCUCAAGAGGGAGGGACUAAUGUCUCAACAUCGGUGGUAGGAUAUGCAGCUCCAGAAUAUGUCAAAAGUGGGCAUCUAACAUCCAAGAUCGACAUAUGGAGCUUUGGUGUAUUUCUCGAGGAGCUGAUCACAGGAGGACGUCCACUUACCCAAGAAAACAGCGAGAAGAAUCCUGAAUGCUUGACGUGGGUAUGCUGCUAUGCAGGUGCGAGGAAGUCAAUUGACCCGAGGCUUGAAGGCGAGUAUUCUGAAAAUUCAAUGCGGAUGGUAGCUUCUGUAGCAAACAAGUGUCUAGCCAAUGAUCCAGAGUUAAGGCCAGGGAUGACUGAGGUCCUGAAAUUGCUAAAAGAAGCCAUUGCCUUGGAGACUAAAAAAAACCAACUUCUGAAAUCCAAGUGCUGGCCGGAUCUCGCGACUCAUGUUUGCUGA